UCUCAGGUCAAGCUUCGCGGGGGCUCAGCAAACCAUUUUCUCAAGCAAGUCCUCUUUGAUCGAUGCCCAAAUGCCCAAUCCCUCUCUCUAAUCUUCUCAGAAACUCAGUGCUGAGGGGUCUCAGCGUGUGUGUCCAUUCUCCUAUUCAUUCGCUUCCGAGUUGCUCCUCACCUCCUCAUAAUGACGGAGAAGAUGAAAUUGAGCCUUUGCUUCCGGGGGAAAUCUUCAAAUCAGGCACCCAAUCGGGUUCUUACAGAUUGGGCGACUCGACUUUCUAUUCACUCAUUGAAAACUACGCGAUUUCCUGCGAUUUUAGGUCACUGGACAGGGUCUUGAGUCAAAUGAAGCGCGAAAGGAGAGUUUUUGUCGAAAGGAAUUUCAUUGUAAUGUUCAAAGCUUAUGGGAAAGCGCAUUUACCUGAAGAGGCGAUGGGGCUGUUUCAUAGGAUGGAGAAUGAAUUUCGAUGUAGGCAAACUGUAAAAUCUUUCAAUUGUGUCCUUAAUGUCAUUAUUCAAGAGGGUAUGUUUACUCGUGCCUUGGAUUUUUAUUCUGAUGUAAUUGCUACCAAGAGUCUGAAUAUACAUCCAAAUGUACUCACUUUCAACUUAGUUAUCAAGGCCCUGUGUAAGUUGGGUUCAGUUGAUAAGGCUAUUGAAAUGUUCAGAGAAAUGCCACUCAAGAACUGUGCUCCCGAUACAUAUACAUACUGUACACUAAUGGAUGGGUUGUGCAAGGAGAGUAGAAUUGAUGAUGCCAUUUCUUUAUUGGAUGAGAUGCAAAUUGAAGGUUGUUUCCCAAACCCCAUCACAUUCAAUGUGUUGAUUAAUGCUUUGUGCAAGAAGGGUGACUUAGUACGUGCAGCCAAGCUUGUUGAUAACAUGUGUCUUAAAGGCUGUGUCCCAAAUGAGGCCACGUAUAAUGUCCUUGUUCAUGGAUUGUGUCUCAAAGGUAAGUUGAACAAGGCAGUUAGUCUAAUGGGUCAAAUGGUAUCAAAUAAAUGUGUGCCUAAUGAUAUUACUUAUGGAACACUCAUUAACGGGUUUGUUAAGCAAGGCAGAUCUGUUGAUGGAGUUCAUGUAUUAUCCUCAAUGCAAGAAAGAGGUCAUGUAGGGAAUGAGCAUAUUUACUCAUCCCUUAUUAGUGGGCUGUUCAAGGAGGGAAAAUCCGAGCUUGCUAUGCAACUGUGGAGAGAAAUGGAAGGAAAAGGAUGUCAACCAAAUGCUGUUGUGUUUAGUGCUUUAAUAGAUGGUCUUUGCCGAGAGGGGAAGCCAGAUGAUGCAAGGGAAGUUUUAUAUGAGAUGAAGAGUAAAGGAUAUGCACCAAAUUCUUUUACUUAUAGCUCCCUAAUGAAGGGUUAUUUUGAAAAAGGUGAAAGUCAUAAAGCUAUUCUUGUGUGGAAAGAGAUGGAAGACAAUAAUUGUAAUCAUAACAAGGUUUGUUAUAGCAUACUAGUUGAUGGCUUGUGCAAGCAGGGGAAGCUCAUGGAGGCCUUAAUGGUGUGGAAGCAGGCAUUGAGUAGAGGAAUUAAAUUAGAUGUUGUGGCUUACAGCUCAAUGAUUCAUGGUUUUUGCAAAGCUCACUUAGUAGAACAAGGCAUGAAACUUUUCCAACAGAUGCUUUGUCUGGAAUCUGAAUCACAACCCGAUGUGAUUACAUAUAACAUUCUUUUGGAUGCUUUGUGCAUGCAGAACAGCAUCUCCCGUGCUAUAGGUCUUUUAAAUAUUAUGCUAGAUCGGGGUUGUGAUCCUGACUUAAUUACAUGCAAUAUUUUCUUGAGAACUCUGAGAGAGAAAGUGAAUCCGCCUCAAGAUGGGAGAGAGUUUCUCGAUGAGCUUGUAGUCCGGUUAGUUAGGCGACAUAGAAUAAUAGGUGCUUCCAAAAUUAUAGAAUUGAUGCUGCGUAAGUAUUUGCUUCCAAAAGGUUCUACUUGGGCCAUAAUUGUUCAAGAGCUCUGCAAACCCAAGAACAAUCAAAAAGCUAUUAAUGAAUGUUGGAGCAGGCUGUAUUGCUGAU